UCUGACAAAAGAGGUAUAUGCUCAAUGAUAUUGUUUUCACAGUUGGAGUUUACAAAAUUAGUUUUGGGUGAUUUUUUUUACAUAUAAAGGCUUUUCUGAUUUUUGACAGAAAGAAACAGAAACGUCUACCGAUGAGAGGCCAUCCAAUCCUAAUCAAGAUGGAAAACCAGAUGAUGAGGUAAUAUUUACUCUAGAAAUUAUAGUUGAAUGUAUUCAUGAUGGCCUUUCCUGAUAUUUUUUUGCAGAUUGUGAAAGAGAAAUUAACAAGUGAGUCACCUGCUGCUCAGAGUCAAGUUUUGCAGAAAGAAACAGUGGAAAUGAAUGAGACACCUUCUUCUCCAAUAGCUCCAAAGAGUAUUGAAACUCCCGUUUAUACUCCAAGUCAGACUCAGCGGGUACAUGGUCAAAAAAAAUCUUGGAUUUUUAAGUUAAUGUUUGGAAGCUUUAGAACGUACUCUGGAUUGCCUUCGUGAUAAUUUUUACAGAUUGAGAGAGAGCCAUCGGAUGACACGCCUGCCCUUGAUACUCAAGUUUUCACUCCUAAUCUGACAAAAGAGGUAUAUGCUCAAUGACAGUUGGAGUUUACAAUUAGUUUUGGGUGAUUUACAUAUAUAGACCUUUCUAAUUUUUGGCAGAGGGAAACACAAACCUCUACUGAUGAGACGCCACCCAAAACUAAUCAAGAAGAAGGAAAAACAAAUGAUGAGGUAAUAUUUACUCUAGAAAUUAUAAUUGAAUGUAUUCAUGAUGGCCUUUCCUGAUAUUUUUUGCAGAUUGUGAUUGAGUCACCUGCUGCUCAGACUCAAGUUUUACAAAAAGAAACACUGGAAAUGAAUGAGACACCUUCUUCUCCAAUAUCUCCAAAGAGUAUUGAGGCUCAAGUUUUUACUCCAAUUCAGAAACAGCAGACGGUAACAGAGGGAACGUAUGAGGCUACACAGCCAUUGACUGAGAUCAUUUCAGCAAACAAUAAAAAGGAGGAUACACAUGCUGUGCAUCACACACCUUCCUCUCCAUUGUCUUCACUAAUUGCACUAGUUAUUGAAGAAAAUAAAAAUGCUUUGGUAAGAAGAAAUAUUUAAAAUGUUUAUGUAAUAUUUUUCUAUUCAACUAACUCUUACCAUUUACUUUUGUCUUAUAGAGUGAGACAGAAACUGUGACCCAAUAUUUUUCUCUAAGUGAGGGAGAGGAGACACAAUCAAGCAGAAGAAAAUCUCAAGGAUACUACAAAACAUACAACUGAGCUAGUUUCCACAGAUGUUUCGUAGACACAGCCUCUUACACAGCCUCUUACACAGCCUCUUACUCAGCAAACACAGCAUCUUCAGACAAGUGAGGGAGAGCAAUCCGGUGAGACACCAUCAAAGCAGAAUCAAGCAGAAGAAUAUCUCAAGGAUACUAGAGAACCUACUACUGAGCUAGUUUCCACAGAUGUUUCGAAGACACAGCCUCUUACUCAGCAAACACAGCACCUUCAGACAAGUGAGGGAGAGCAAUCCGAUGAAACACCAUCAGAGCAGAAUCAAGCAGAAGAAAAUCUCAAGGAUAGUACAGAACCUACUACUGAGCUAGUUUCUACAGAUGUUUCGAAGAUACCGCCUAUUACUCAGCAAACAGAGCAUCUUCAGACAAGUGCUAUAGAUUUUUCAGAAACAAACGAGGUAUGCAUCGAGUAUAUUUGAUCUUUAAUUAUUAUUCUAACAAUUUGAAACCGCUGAUGUUACUGAAUCUUCAUUUUUCAUAGGUUGAAGUAAGCAGGCUUCUAGCUCGCUUUCAAAUAGGCGCAGAGGUUGAGAUUUUGUCUAGUGAUUACGAAAUAUGGUAUCCAGGAAAGGUUGUUGAUCUUAAACUGUGUGAAGGACUAGAGGAGCUGACAGUUGAGUACACGACACUCUUCGCAGACCAACAUAGACUUCAGAAACUUCAGGAUACUAUCACGGCUGACAAAAUACGUCCUGCAACACCAACUAGUGACCAAAAAUCCUUUGAGAUGAUGGAUAAGGUAGAAGUCUUUUACAACAAUGGCUGGAGCAGCGGACAAAUUAGCAUGGUACUUGGUGAUAACACAUACUCGGUGUGUCUCUAUACUUCUAUGGAAACUAUUCUAUUCAAACAUUCAGAUUUGCGAAUUCAUAGAGAAUGGAAAGAUGGAGUCUGGAAGAUGGCAGAUAAGGUGAAGCCUGAUAAGAAAAGGAAAGCUGCUGCCUCAUCACAAAAUUCAGGAAUGGAUAAUGUUUUCCUAAGAAGGAGCGAGAGGGUGCCUAAACGAUCUAGAGACACAAAAACUCCAUUCAAGUCUGACAGAAAUCCGGCUUUAACUGUAAUACCUGAGAUUAUACCUGCAGUUGAUCCGUUUUCAACUCUUGCGGAACAUAAGCUUUCAAGGCUUCAAAAUUGGAUGACAUUAAAGUCCGGCAUGCAUGAAACGUAAGCAUGUUUCUGUCCUUGUCUAUAUAUUCUUAUAUUUAUGUAUAAGAGGUUUAGUAAUUCCUUUGAAUCUUUAAUCGACUGCAGAUCCCUAUCAAUCAAUGAUAAUAAGAUAAGGAAAUCUUUCUUUCAAAGCAUGGAAAAUGCAAAAAAGGACCUUAAGAAAGAGCACAUUGAUGGAGCCUUUGCAAUGCUAAAUUGCAGAAGAAAUGAGAAUGCUGCUUGGUUCCACAACUACAAGAUUCCAAAGGCGUGCUUCCUACCUAUGGAGUUCUUGCAUUCCUUGCUCUCUCAUGAUUUGGCUUACAAAAAAGAAAAGGUCAAAGGUAAAAAGAUUUUCAACGAUUUAUUUAAAGAUAUUGUGAGAGGGAAGGUAUAUCCAGAGAAGACAUGGGGAGAAGAUGUUGAUGUUGUGUAUGGGAUUACUCUUGGAAAAAAAGCAAUGUCUGGAUUGGGAUGGAAAUUCAUUUGAAGAAGAAAAGAAUCACAGUAUAUGAUUGUUUUCAAAAGGAAAGCAACAACAUUGAUAUUCCUCAAGUGAAAAAGUUGGCAGUGUUGAUUUCUGAUCUGCUGGUGGAAUCUUCUGGUGAUGAGGUAGAUAAAGUGAAGAUGAUUCCAUUUGAGGUUGAGCAGGCACAAGGUUUACCCAAGACAAAACAUCCUUUCAACUGUGGGAUAUUUCUUGUCAAGAUUCUGGAGUGCCAGUCACUGAAGAUAGGAGACAUGACAAAGAUUAAUGAUGACAAUGCAUUGGAGCUAAGGAGAACCUUGUCUUGUGAGAUCUUCAACCAAUUUGUGGAUAAGAGCUUUGGGAAAUGAGAAUGAUGCAUGAAAACAUUUUUUGUUUUAGUUAGACUCGGUUUUAGUUAUGACUGUUUAUUUUGUUAUGUUGUUGGCGUCUGGUUACAUAAGAAAGAUUGGAAGGAUAUCAAGUAUUUUUUUUGGGUAUCAUAUAUCUUGGAAGGUUAAAUAAUGUUUCUGGAUGGGUUUCCAGAAAAAAUUGUUAGAGUGUUUCAAAUGUAAAAAAAAAUGAAAUGAGAUUAUAUACUAAGGAUUUGACAUGUAUAUGGUAAGCUUAAAAUUGUGAUGUUUACAGACAACAAAAAAAAAAUUUAGAUCCACAAAGGAUCGAACCCAGAGGGAGAGAGUUUGCGUAUUUGGAUAGUGUGGGAGUUUAGCCACUAGGCCAAGAAGAAUCAUCUGUUAAUGGAUUACAUUUAAUUGUAUUUAACUCCAAACUGUAACACAAAAAAAAAUUAAAAUUGAUUUUGAAUCCACCACUUAUCGAACCCGAGGAUAGAGAGACUUUUGUGUUAUGAAAUGCCUCGGUUUAACCGCUGGUCUGAGGAGAAUCAUCUGUUAAAGAAUAUUACAUAAGCAUACUUAAACCAAUUAAUAUAGGAUAGGUUUCCAAAACAAUACAUUUCGAUUGAAAAAAGACAAAACUCUUGCCGUCUCAACACUCUCGCCGUUUCAAACUUCUCGAAUCUCACUCGUCUCCGCCUCUCGAAUCUCUCUCUCAUCUCCAUAUCUCUCGAUCUCCGACGAAAACCCAUCUCCAGAACUCUCUCUCUCUCGAUCUUUUACGCGAGCUCUCUCUAUUCUCCGAGAAAAACCAUUUCUAGAGCUCUAUCUCUUUAAGAUAUGUUGCAGAUUCAACCUUAUGUGUGUUUUCUUUCUGAGAGAUUGGUCUCCUAGUUUUUGCUUGUGUAUAGACUUGCUCGUUUUAACCUAAUAUGAUUGGUAGAAUUCUAGUUCAUGUGAAAGCAUGUGUAUAGGCUUCAGGAAGGAUUUGUAUUGUUUCAGGAAACCCUUCCUGAAAAUUGGAUUUUAAUUAAUUUAGACAAUAAAAUUUUUCUUGUUUACGCAGGAUAGAAACAAGAUGGGAGAUCCAUUACCAUUAAGACUAGCACUGCCUGAGCUGAGGUAUCCGAUUGGAUCAGAGCCAGGGAAGACGAUAUCGAUAAACCAACACUCGAUAGUUGCUUAUAUCAAAACUGUUAAGGAAAUUCUAGGAAAUGAUGAGUUCAACAGAAUAAGAGGGACGUUUUUGGGACCGGUGAUCAAGCUUGGAGAGAGGUCUUUGAAAUUAUCAGCUAAGAUAGUGCACGCAGUUCUCACCAAAAACAUCAAGACAGUGAAGAGACACGAAGCCUGGUUCCAUUUUGGUGCUCAGCCAAUGAGGUUCUCUAUAAGAGAAUUCCACAUGGUGACUGGUUUGAAAUGUAGUGGUGAAGCAAGAGAACCACGAGAGGAAACCGAGAGAUUUAAGUGGGACUUCCUAAAAGGGCGUACUCAUACAGUAAAGGACGUGGAGAAGCAGCUCAGAAACACAAGAGAAGAUGCUUCUGAUGAGAGAUUCUGCCUUGCAAUGCUCCUCCUGAUUGAGAGCAUACUACUACAGAAGAGCCUUCUCGACGGUGGCACAACUUUUACUUUGGAUUAUGUGAAAAUAGCGCAGGAUAUGGAUGUCUUGAUGACAUACCCAUGGGGGAGAACAGCUUAUAAUUUGCUGUUAAAAUCACUUCAGAGAGCUGUCGACAAAAGCCUCGACAAAAACAAUUAUGAUUUGCAAGGAUUCCCUAUGGCAUUUCUUAUAUGGAUACUUGAGUCAGUACCUUUGCUACAGUAUGCAUUCAGUCAAGUGGUUCCUAUUCUGAGCGUUCAACUGUCUACCCCAAUAUUUUUGUGUGAGAAGUACCUUCAAAUAGCUUCUCCACAGCUGAUAGAUGUUCUCCUAAUUGAAAUCAAAGAUCAUGUAAGUUUUUACAUUAUUUUUUUCUUGUUUCUGUUUUGCCUUAUGAUUCUCCAUUUAAAAGCUAAUUAUUUUUAUGGUUUCAGCUUAAGGUCACAUGCAUCCUACCUCCUAUUCCUAAUGAUCCAGAAGCUGAUGUUUGCAUGGAAGACGAAGCUAAUAAAGAUCUGGAUGACAUGGCCGAUUUAUCCAAGAGAGGUUAUAAGUUUAAAAUUAGAGAUUGGCGAAACAUGUCAGUAGACCUAUACGGUGCUAAUGAACAAAUAAGAAGAUCAUCUUUACUGUUUGGGAAUGGAUGGAUGAGUCAAGCUUCUUCUUCGUAUCAGGAGGAGUCUUUGGAAUCAAAGAUCAAUAGAAUCAGCGAGAUGGUGGGAGAUAAUUUAAGGAUCAUGAACGAUCGUUUGUGUUUGAUUGAAAAAGACAGGAAACAGAUUAAAGAACGUGUGACAAAACUAGAGAAACUACAAAGAGUUACUUCAUAUGAAACUCCAAACAAUGAGGUAACUUUUUUUUCGGAAAUUAAAAUUAAUGUUUAUCUAGUUCUUGAUUCAGUUUUUUUUUUUUGAGUUGUCAAGUAAUUUUGGAAGAUGUUAUACAUAUUUAGGAUUGCCUUCCUAAUUUUUGUUGUACUUGCACAGACUGACACAACUCCAUUUCAUGAGACGGCUUCCAGACAAGGUGAAGCCAAUACAGAUCAAGCAGAUGAACAACUUAACAAUGAGGCAAGUAUAAUUUUGAAAACUGUUGGUAUUUAUAAAAUUAUGAAUUUGGUUGUACUUCAAUUAAUUUUUGGAAGUUCUUGUACGUGUUCAUAAUCCCAUUCCUGACUUCAGGAUACACGAGAGCCUAUGAAUGAGAUCACGAAAGAGACACCUGGUUCUCCAAUAGCUCAACAGAAUAUUGAGACUCCAGUCCUUACUCCAAUUCAUACGCAACAGGUACAUUCUUUAAAAAAUUGGACUUUUCAAGUAAUUUUUGGAAGCCCUUGUACGUGUUCAUGAAACCAUUCCCGAAUUCAGGAGACUCACGAGCUUAUGAAUGAGAACAUUUCACCAAACAUUCAGGAGACUCACGAGCAAAAUAAGGUAUUACUUUUAUUUUAAAACCUUUAAUAAAUAUACAGCAACUAUCAAAAUGACUAGAUAUCCUUGAAUCUAAACAAUCACAGGAUGUAGAAAGCAGAGUUCAAAAUACCUUUGAGAUCGGAGCAAAUGUGGAGAUUUCAUCACAAGAUGACAAUACUUGUCAUAAAUGGUAUCCAGGAAAUGUGUUGGCAACAUAUUUGGUUGAUGGGGUUGAGAUGGUGAAAGUUGAGUACUCUGCACCGUCUCUGGACGAAAAGAAGAGGAAAAGGAGUGUUCAGACACGUGUAUCAAUUGACAGAAUACGUCCUCAACCACCACCUGAGAGACCUGGAGCGAAGAAAAGUUAUGAGCUAAUGGAUGACGUGGAGGCGUUCGACAAUGGUGCAUGGUGCGCUGGAAAAGUUAAAGUCAUUUUGUUUGAUGGCACGUGUUUUGUCUCUUUGAACAAUUCUACUGAACAAAUUUACUUCAACCAUUCUGAGAUGCGAAAACCAAGAAAAUGGGUAGAUGGUGUUUGGAAGAUGACAGAAAAGGUAAAACAAAUGCCUUGGAUCACUUGAAUUGAAAAAUAAUGUCAUUUGUUUAAUAUCUCGGUAUUGUUUUUCAGAUAGAAGAAGAGCAGACGCAGAGUGUGAAUCCAAGUGAAGGAGAUGGUGAUAAAAAGGUAUGAAAUAUUUAUAUAUCAUACUAGAAAUUAAGAUAUAAAUGUAUCUGAAUUUUUGUCAUUCAAAAAGGGGAAGGCGAAGGCUAUCGCUUGUAAGAAGAAGAAGAAAGCAAAUGCUCAUCCAGUAGAUUUGCUUCCUUUUCUACAGCGAGAAGAGAAGAGGCCAAUACGACCUAGAAACCCUCCUAUGCCUGUAACACCUGAGAUAAUCCUUCCAAUUGAACCAUUUGUGACACCUGAAUUUCCUCGGUUUUCAAGGCUUGCACACUGGAUGGAUCUACGGGGCAUAUAUCGUGUGUAAGCAACUUUUUGUCCUUGCAUAAAUAUUCCUAAUUUAUUUUGUAAAAGUUUCGAUUGAUACUAGUUAAUUUUAUCAACUACAGACCGUUUUAUAUCAAUGGAAGAGAAAUUGAAAAAGAAUUCUUUCAAAAAAUGGACGAUGCAGAAAACAAUCUCAACAAAGAGGUAAUCAACACUCUGUUUCUGUCUUCUAUUUAUUUAGUGUUAAUAAUUAAUGUGGUUCUGGAUGAUGCAAUGUGAUUAGGAAUAGGAUAUGAUUGAGUUUUGUAUUUACAAACUCUGUUUCGAUUCUUAUUGAGUGGUAAUAAUGCUUUGUGGAUAUUUGAUUGUGUCAUAUGUUUAGGAAGAGGUUGAGUUGAGCUAUGCUAGAUGUCCAUGUUAUAGCAGUUCUAUAUGAAGUUUCUAACUAUAUUGUUACAUUGGCAGCACAUAAAUGUUGCAUUUGAAAUGCUAAAUUGUAAGAGGGUUGAGCAAGGUGCUUGGUUCCGCAACAACAAUCUUCCAGCAGCAUGCUUUGUACCAGUCAGAUUCUUAGAAGUGGUUGGGUACGCUUAUGAAUCUGUCAGGAAGCCACAUAAGAAAAAACAAACGUUAUUAGAGGGCUGUGUAGGCGAAGUUGUGAAAGGUUUAAUACAUCCAAAGAAGGUAUGGCUGGAAGAUGUUGAUGUUAUAUAUGUUGUCAUUGAAGACAAGUUGAGCUAUCACUAUAUUGGAGUGGAGAUACAAUUGAUGGACAACACAAUCACACUCUUCCAUUGUGGUCUUCCAAAAGCAAAUAUCAAACGUGCUCUUAAUCAAAUCCAAGAACUGGCAGGUAAAAACUCUUUGUGAUUUAUUAAUUUUAUCAUUCAGUGUAGAAAAAUCAGUUUUAUUUAUAUUGUUACAUUGAUAAUGGAUAGGAUUGUGAAAGUAUGCGUAUACUGAAAAAAAUAAUUUUAGCUAAUUUAGAAUAUAAAAGUUUGUCUCUUGCUGCUUGUGCUUGUGAUGCAUUUUUACAUAUUCAUUUUGUUGUCUGUUGGUGAUUGAUUUAUUGUAUAAUUUUGGGUAUUUAUGACAGUGUUGAUUAGUGCCAUAAAGAUGGAACUUCUUGCUGAAGAGGUUAAUUUCGAAGAUAUCAAUCCAUUUCAAGUUAAGUUUGCAGAAGGGCUUCCAAAGACAAAAUUUCCAUACAACUGUGGUAUUUUUGUUGUGAAGAUGCUGGAAUGCAGGUCACUGGGAUUGAAGAGCAUGGCUAAUAUAAAUGAUGAAACUGCGAUGGACUUACGAAGCAAGCUAUGUUGUGAAAUCUUCGACCAGUUUAUGGAUAAAGAUUUCCAGGAAGAUCAAAGGAAGUGAAAAAUGUCAUAUUUGUUCUGUUUUCUACUCUGUUUUUCUACUUUGAUGUUAAUUGGACAAGUUUAAGUUUGUAAUGAAUUAUCCCUAACGUUUUUUUCAUUUAGAUUGUUAUUGAAAAAAUUUUAGGAUGUCUUGAUGAAUUGUCAAAUGCUUAUGGUACUUUUAGGAUGGGUUUCUAGAAAAAGAGUGAGAAAGCAAAAUGCACCAUAGCCUAGCAAAUUCCUUUAAAGUUUACAAAAAAAAUGAAAAAGAAUGUGAUCCACUAUGGAUUGAACUCUUGAACUCUCGAAAGAUGAAUCAAAGUGUGCAGCCGUUGUGCCAAGGGUGUUAUACUUGCCAAAAACUAUAAUAAAACAAAUAUAACCUUUGAAUAUUUAAUUAAAAACAGAAAAAAUGUGGGUGUACACAACAGGGAUCGAACACGGCUUAUUGUGUGAUAAGGGUACACUAAGAGUAGAAGGGCUUGCCACUAGGCUAUGGUGGAUAUUCGAUAACAGAGUAAAUGUGAACUUAUUUAUUCACAGACGAUAGAUUUAUAUAAUCUGGAUAUCAUUUUAGGUAUUCAGGAUAGCUUUCCAAAAACAAAUUCCUUUAAAGUUUACAAAAAAAAAUGAAAAAGAAUGUGAUCCAAUAUGGAUUGAACUCGUGAACUCUCGAAAGAUGAAUCAAAGUGUGCAGCCGUUGUGCCAAGGGGGUUAUACAUGCCAAAAGCUAUAAAAAACGAAUAUAACUUUUGAAUAUUUAAUUAAAAACAAAAAAAAUGUGGGUGUACACAACGGGAAUCGAACACGGCUUAUUGUGUGAUAAGGGUACAUUAAGAGUAGAAGGGCUUGCCACUAGGCUAUGGUGGAUAUUCGAUAACAGAGUAAAUGUGAACUUAUUUAUUCACAGACGAUAGAUUUAUAUAAUAUGGAUAUCAUUUUAGGUAUUCUAGAUAGCUUUCCAAAAACAAAUUUCUUUAAAGUUUACAAAAAAAAAUGAAAAAGAAUGUGAUCCUAUAUGGAUUGAACUCGUGAACUCUCGAAAGAUGAAUCAAAGUGUGCAGCCGUUGUGCCAAGGGUGUUAUACUUGCCAAAAGCUAUAAAAAAAACAAAUAUAACUUUUGAAUAUUUAAUUAAAAACAUAAAAAAUGUGGGUGUACACAACGGGGAUCAAACACGGCUUAUUGUGUGAUAAGGGUACACUAAGAGUAUAAGGGCUUGCCACUAGGCUAUGGUGGAUAUUCGAUAACAGAGUAAAUGUGAACUUAUUUAUUCACAGACGAUAGAUUUAUAUAAUCUGGAUAUCAUUUUAGGUAUUCAGGAUAGCUUUCCAAAAACAAAUAAGCAAAUCAGAUAACCCAGAUACAAGAACACUAGGCCAAACCCUUACAAAAUAGUGAAAAACAUUGAACAAGUUUUUUUAUUUAGGUUGUUAAUUGAAGAAACAACACAAGAGAAACAAAAGUACUUAUUCAUUUAAAAGAAAAACUGAAAAUCAAAUAUAAUGUGGUCCUUAAAAACAUAAAAAGAGAAGAUGAUAACAUGAAAUUACUCAUGAUACAGCCAACUUUCGCCAAGUUUAUCCCAAUCAGGGACUUUGACCUUCACAUCAGCAAGCAUUCCUUCCGCUUCCGAGUGCUCUUCUUUGAGUUUCUCCAACUCAGCAGUUAAAUCAAAUUUUCCAUCAGCUUUGAUAAUAUCUUCAAGCAACUCGAUUUGGACAGCAAUUGAAUUUACUUUGCUGGAUGCCAGAUUCCAAUCAUUCUCAGAUAGCCUGUAUUCGUUGGACAAACGAAGAAGAGCCCUGUAAUGUUCCACAGUUUCCUUCUUUCCCUUAUUGAAACCUUCGGCGGCAUCACAUCCGUAAACCUCCUCUAUGGGACGCUUCAUCAUCUUCUUUGAACUUCCUUCCAUUGAAACUUUGUCCUGCAACAAAAUCGAAACUAAGAUGUUACGAUAAAAUAGAAAUAGAAAAAAGUUCAUGAAUUGAAUGGAAAAUGAGAAAAAUCGAAAACUAACUUAUAUUGCAAAAGGAUAAAUCAGAAGAAAUGAAGUGAGUGAAUAAAAGGUCUGAUAUCGUCCCUUAUAUUUAUAGAACUAAAAGGAACUCUUCGAUUAUUGAAGUCAGUUAAAAUAAACUCUUCGGUUACAGAGAUAACCAAUCAUAUAACAGCCAAUCUUGACGAAAAGAAACUCUUCGGUUACUGAGUUACAUGAUGUCGUUUGGAAGAGACUCUUCGAUUCUUGAGAUAUAUGCUUGA